AUGUCGUACUCUCCCGAAGUCUCAUCGAUAUUUGGUAGUCCCUCAAUCUCCUCCCUCUCUUCUUCCCCUGACUUACAUCAUGCCGAAGCAUCUUACCGUCGACGAAGAUCGCCCUUUUCAUCAUCAGAAUCAGGCUCAGACACAGACUCAUCUCUCGGGGAUAUACCUCUUGUAAACCGACCUAGAAACAAUCCAGACAUACCUUCAUCACCUCCUGCUGAGCUUAGAAACCGAAAUAAUAUCGCUGCCUUCAACAGACGGAGGAACUUGGAUGAGACGUUGAAUGUUAGACGAGGUGAUCAGAGGGGUUUAUCGCAGAUUCUUCAAGAUAGGAGGAGAGGUCAACCUGAUGGAAAUGCAGAUGCGGGUAUGGGUGGAAGUAGCGCAAGUCAACAGCCAGCGGAAAGACCGUCAGGAAGAAGGAAUACAAUUGUGGAGGUUGAUGAUGAUAGUGAUGAUGAUAUUGUAUUCACUGGAGAGAAUAGAAAUCCUAAUCCUAAUCCUAAUCCCCCUCCUAAUCUUCGACCUAUACUACGACAAGCUCACCAAUCUCGGGCUUAUGGAGCCAUCAGACAACGACUGAAUCAGAAUCAGAAUGCGCAGGAUAGGAUUUUCAGGGCUCCUUCGCCUGGUAGAUUUAGGAGAAUGAUGGAUGAAAUCGACGAGCUUUUAGAUCGAAGAGGUGAAGCGCACGAUGCGAUAAUUAAUGAUCAAGAAGAUGAAAGACGACGACAAAUCCUUUCUCCACCCGUCACUGUACCCAUUCCACCAAGAAGGAUCGGUCUAGGAGGAGGAGGUUUGUUCAGACGCAAUGCUCCUCCUCAAGCUCAAAUCCCAGCCGACGAACUCAACAACGAUGCGGUACCUGGAUGGCUUGCACCUCUCGGACAGGUCUUUAGAUUCGCCAAUGGAAGAGGUGACCCCGAUAGGGCAGAGAUGGAAAUGCGUUUCCAACUUGGAGGAUUAGCUGGCGGGAUGUUCGGAGGAGGAAUAAGACAUCAACAGCAACAAGAAGAUAUUCAAACGAUUCUAUCCAAAAUUGCUCCUCCACCAUAUCCCAAAACAAUGAUCACGAAAGGAUUCACCAAUGAUUUCGAUAUGGAUUCUAUCGUUCGCAACGAACCUAUCGAACUGGAUGAUGAAGGAAAUAUCAUAAAGAAUAAUACAAUCAAGCAGAAGGAAUGUUUGGUCUGUUCAGAAUGUCAUCUACCUCUAUUGGUCUCCUCAGCAUACAAGUCACCAAGUGAUAAAUUGUGGGUAUUGAGAUGUGGACAUUUAUUAGAUGAAUAUUGUUUAAAUUCCUUACAGACUCCUCAAACCCCCUUAGAGAUUUCUUCGAUCGUACGACAUGAAACAAAUGAUGGAACGCCUGAAAAGAAGAGGAGACGAAAGAAUGCAAGUAGGAAAGUGAAGAAACCCGAUCCUCCCAAACCUGAUGAAUAUACUUUCAGAUGUCCCGUGAUAGGUUGUGGGAAAGAACAUCAGAGUGUCCAUUUCGUAGAUGAUGAAGAGGGGAGAUGGAAAGCUAAAGACGGUGAGGGAGCUUUACCUGCUUAUGCGUAG